AUGAGUCUGGCGACCCUUUUCAACUGUCGCCGCCUUGCUCUGCCGGCUGAGCGCCUCGGCAGGGGACCAGUGCUCCUCGAAUACGCUGCAACCUAUCUCCCGGAGGGACCUGUUGACGUCAUCGACGUGGAAGUUGAGGGCGUCCUUGGAGCCUUGGAGGGACAGCGCCGCCUGGUCGUACGCCAACGUCGCCGCCUCCGGGGUGUCGAAUGUCCCCAGCCACACCCUCACGCCGCGCCGGGUACAAUCGCUUAUCUCCGCCGCGUACUUCCCCCACGGCCGCCGACGUACAGAGACGACAAAGUACUGAAGAAGAGGGUGACUCAGAGCGGCGGCAGGCUCGUCUUCUUUCCUUCUCGCCGGUCGUCAGAGGCAAGGCUGGGCUGGAGAACGAUCGAUCGGCGGCGGCGUUCUCUUCUUCUCGAGCAGGCGACGUUGUGGAGAAGAGGAGGAGUGGCAGGUGAAGUGAAACGAUGGGGAAGAUUCGAUUAG